AUGGUGAACAGAAGAACAGAAGACAGUGCGAUUGAGAGCAUCAAAAACCAGAGUAGCUUUACUAAAAUCCAUGAGCAUCCCCAGAUUAGAAUUAAUGGCAGCUAUGUUAGGGCUACAACUUACUAUAUCGAUUGUAACCGUAUUGAAUUACGAUAUAAGGAGGUCACAUUUUGGAGAGACAGUAUGGAUGUACUCUGGUGGGUACGAGGUCGUAGUAGAUCUUUCAAGCCCUUUGUGGCAAAUAGGAUAGGCGAGAUACAACAGAAGACCAACCCAAACCAGUGGCGUCACGUACCAACGAAGUCCAAUCCCGCCGACGUUGCCUCAAGAGGUACUACAGUUGAGAGUUUGAAAGUUAAUAAAAUGUGGUGGAAUGGACCAGAAUUCUUAAUGGAGUGUGAAGAACGUUGGCCAGUAAACAAAAUAGAGCAAGGUGGAAGCGUUACCGAACAAAGAAAAUAUGUGCGUUCCUUCUUAAACCAAGUUGGGCCAUUAAACAUAGAUGAUGAUUGGAGACUGGAUCCAAAACGGUAUUCAAGUUGGUCUAGACUGAUUAGAAUAGCAGCUUAUGUUCAUAGGUUCAUAACAAAUUGUCGAUCCAACAAAAAUUACAGGGUCUAUCGGCGGUUGGAGCAUAAAGAGAUCCAGUAUGCGGAACUGAGCAUAAUACGAAAAGCGCAACAAGAAUCAUUCCCAAGUGACAUAAGGAACUUAAAGGAAAAUGGUAUUGUUGGAUCUAACAGUGUAUUGAGUACAUUAACACCUACAGUAGACGAAGACGGAGUAUUGCGCAUGACAGGACGUUUAAGUUUAGUUGAAGCCUUGCCACAUGACGUCAGAUACCCAAUCAUAUUGCCUAGAAAGCAUCCAGUCACUGAACUUAUUGUAAAGAAGUAUCAUGACUUGGGUAAACAUGUAGCUGGAACAAAUCAUAUAUUAUCACUGUUAUCGGAAAGAUAUUGGAUAAUUCAUAACAGAGAAGAAAUCCCGAGAUUGUGA